AGUAAAGGUUUUAGCUUAAUAUCAUGUAUGAGUGGAGGUGGCUGGAAGGGAGCGCCUCGGCUGCUGCUCCUUCCUGGCUUUUUUCUCAUGCAGAGGGAGGAUCCAGGAACGCUGCCAGGGGCUGACUGUCUGUCUGACUGUCUGUCAGUAACACUCCAACGACACAAACAGCAAGGCAGCGAGGCAGACAGCAGGAAGAAAAGUGACCAGAGAAAAAGUCGACAUGUCUCAGUAUUCAGACCUGGAGAAAGCCAUCAACACACUGGUCACCCAGUUCCACUCUGCUUCAGCUGACAAUGGUCCAACUCUGAAAACUGACGAAUUCAAAGGUCUUUUGUCCUCCCAGAUGCCUAAUCUGGUCAAGGGCGGCACAGACCAGGGGUUCGGUGAAAUCCUGCGGAAGAUGGGUGUUGGUGAUGGCGAGGGCAUCUCUUUCAAGCAUUUCUGGAACUUAAUCCAGUCAGUAGCCACUAACCAGCACAGUAUCCUCAGCAACCAGAUGGGCUCCUCAUGCCGCUGCAUCCUCCUGUGAAGAGCAAACUCUCAGCCCAACAGAUCAGCUCUGAGUUUCUGCCAUGGAGUUUAACUAAACAGAAUAACAAUAUGCACAUCACUCUCCUAAUCAGGUGUCAGACAAAAUACAAAGUAUAGUACAAAAAAAGCAAGCUAUUUCCAACUUUUCUGACUCAAACAUUACAGUUUUUAAAUAAUAUGAUCUCUUAUCUGACAGGUUUCAACACCAUACUUGUGCCAGUAUACUGCCCAGCAUCCUUUGCACCAGUUAAAGUUUAAAUUCAGUCUAGUUGGCAUUUAAAUUCUCACAUUGUCCCAAAUCUGCAUGCUGUUAUAUUUUUUAACACAAUAAAAUAAUCUAAUCAUCUUUAUACGUAGUCCCAGAUAACAUCUAUUUCUAGCCAUUUGGUGAUCAGGAAUUAAGUACUGGCAGUGUGUUUUUUAUUCUACACACUGCACAUUUUAUAAUAGGCAAUCAAACUGUUGACAACAACAUAACUCUCUGAAAGUAAGCUUGGUCGUACGCCGUGUCAUCCAUAUAAACAUGUCCGUAGGCUUCAAAAGAAGUGCUUGUCGAAUGUUCUAACAGCGUCAGAGACCCCCUCCAUCAUUUUCAUCUUUCUGUCACAGCAGGCUUUUCAGUGGGGACGUAGGGAACAGCUAUUAACACUUCUGCCUUCAAAUUAGUUUGAUGCAUAUUGAACCUUUCAAACCCUAUUACACAUUUCAACAAGCGGAGGCACUUACACUCAUUUUGGAUUUAACUGGUGAAAAAGGCACCUGGCAAUGAUGUGGUCAUUAACAGUCACAUUUCCUCAUUUGCUGCAUUUUUUGCAUGUAUAAUAUUGAUCAUGGUGCCUUCAAACUAAUAAUAGUAUUCACAACUUCAUAAAUAAAUUUUCAAUUAGCUCAAACUGGCAUGUUAAUGGUCUAUCAUCAAAUGGAAACAUGACCUUGAAAUGUAAAAGAUUCAACAUCAUUUUGCACUUUAAAAAGGUAACAAGAAUAGGGUCUUUGUCAUCUCACUGGUGAACCACACAGUUUCUAUUGGGUACUAAAGUGUAGUCAGGUUCGACUUCAGGAGUGCUCGUGAGGACCAUUUGAAGGCACAUCAGUAUGAGAGCAUAUCACCCAACAGAGUUGAUCAGUAGAAACAUUGAGGAAGAACACCAUUACUUCAAAAGCUUUGAACCAUUUAGAAUAUCUUUCUUUGUGCAGAAUUGACUCCAAUUUACAGUAUCUGUUAUUGUCUUAGCAAUGACAGUUAAAAGAGCAAUUUUAAAUUGUCUUUAAAUACGUGAUACUAAUCAUCUGAAUUUGACCUUGUGUGAGUCCGUAACCAAACACAAAAGUGUACUUUGGAUUGAUUCUAAAUGUCAGUAUGUUUGACUUUGCUUUUUUUCUACAAGUAAUGCUUAACACUGUGCGAUCCUGCAGUUUCUAUGUAUUUAUAUUUUGUAAUUCUCUGUAUUCUGACCUGUGUGACACCUUUAGAAAAAUGAUGUAAUAAACAUACAAAGAAAUCACCA